AUGUCCCUCCUCCCCGACCUCCGCAUCUACGACACCGACCCAACCCUCUACCUCGUCACCUCCCUCACGGCAGGCAACUCACACAUCGUCUCCGCCACAAGCCGCAUGGAGACCAUCCUACGCGCCAACAAGAUCCCCUUUACGGGCGUGGAUACUGCGACGGAUGAGCGCAUGCGCAGUCUGUGGAGCCGGCGGGCGCGUGGGAAGAGGUUUCCUGGGCUUGUGAGGGAGGGGUUUCUUGUUGGUGACCUCGAGCAGAUUGAGGAGUGGAAUGAGUUUGGCGAGUUACUUGAGAAUCUGGCUCCGCUUGGUGGUGCUGCGUCUGUGCCUGCGUCUGCACCUGCUCCGGCGGCCAAGGCAGCACUUGCCGAGGCGCCGGUGUCGAUCCCGACGAAUGCGCGGCAGAAGACGGAGAAUGAGAGUCCGAAGGUGGCGUCGGGACCGCCGCAGACGAUGGCAAUGAGGCAGAUGGUCCAGGAGGCUGCGGCCAAGGGGCGGGAGUUGAAGGGUGGGGAUAAGGGGGCGGGGUUGAAGGAUGUUAGGUUGAGUGGUGGGAUUGAUCGGUCGAGGCCGAAGGUGCCGCCGGCGGAUGUUAGGGAGGCGAGGAUCGCGGCGAGGGAUGCUGGGGGGGUGGUGGAGGGGGGGAAGGGGGAUAAGGACGAGGAUGAUGGUGAGGAAGAGGAUGAUGACGAGGAUGGGGAAGAGGAUGAAAACGACGAAGAGUCUGGUGACGAGGAAAAGGAGACGACCGUCAUACGAAAGGAUCAGAAGGUUUUGGCUGAGGAGAAGUCCACUCCCGUGUCCGAAGAGAAGAAACCUGCGACCACAACAAAGAAUGAGGACGAGAAGGACGAUGAAGACGAUGACGAGGAAGAUGAGGACGACGACGACGACGACGAUGAAGAAGAAGAGUCCGAAAACGACGACGACACCGCCAACCCCUCAAACUCCACCCCAACAGAACCACCAGCAACCACCCACGCCGCCACCACAACAUCCUCCAAACCCGCAGCAUCUCCCUCAGCAGCAGGCGAAACCGUCGGUGACUAA